CUCGCUGCGUGCUCUCACACUCUUCCACCUCCACAACAGUAUCCUACCCUGAGGAGCGACCGGCAGCCGCCUCUGCUCCUUUAAGGCAAUGAGGAAUUAAAGCGUCUGCAGGGGCAGGGGAGAGGGUUAUUCUGUGUAAUGCUCAGAGAGUCAGUGUGGUGCGAUUAGAGAGCGGCAGCGGGGAAGAUGCGCUUGCUCGCCUCUUGCUGGACGCACAGAGGCGAUGAAGAUGAUCUGACUUUGGAGCCUGAGCAAGAAACGUCUUUUUCAUUCUUCUGCUACCACCCUCUCCCUUCUGUUUGCUUCUUUGCUCUUUUAGUUGUUUUAAUUUUCUAAAAUUUUAUUUUUACCUUCAAGGAUGAUCCGUCUUCCAGUGUUUUAUUUAGGAAACGGGAGCUUCUGACAUUUUUCUUUUAAAGAUUUAGUUUAGCCUUUUUUUUUUUCAUUUUUGGAUUUCUUUUUUUUUCUUCUUCCAGGAUCCGCUCUAACCCGGCUCUGACUCAGCAUCACACACACACCUGGGCUUCACCCCUUCAGCAUCCUUUUGAAUAACAGGGACAAGCAGCAAGACGCGGAGCACAGGAGGAGAGUCUGAGCAAAGCUCUCCCCAAGAAAAUCACAGAGGCGCAUUUAUGGUCCAAGACAGCUCAAAAACCAAAUCAGUGUAACAAAAAAAAGUGCGAAGGAGAUAUUAAAAGUAGAGACUCGGACCGGUUUGCUUUAAGACAGUGGCAAAUGUUUAACCUUACCCCAAGCGCACAGAAGAGAAACCCAGGGAGGCACCGGUCGGAGGAAGAAGAGAAAGCAUAGCUUGGGGGGAUUGAACGGAGCAGGGCAUGUGGAUAUUGGCUUUUAUCUUUUCCCAGAGCAUCUUGAAUGUUUUCAGUGAAGACCUACAUUCCAGCUUAUACUUUGUCAAUGCAUCUCUGCAAGAGGUAGUAUUUGCCAGCACCACAGGGACCUCGGUGCCCUGUCCUGCUGGGGGUGCGCCGUCUGCCUCGUUGCGCUGGUAUCUGGCUACCGGCGAGGAGAUCUACGAUGUCCCGGGCAUCCGCCACGUUCACCCCAAUGGAACCCUCCAGAUCUUCAACUUCCUGCCAUCCAGCUUUAGCAAGCUGAUCCACGACAACACGUAUUACUGCACUGCCGAGAACCCUUCUGGCAAGAUUAGGAGUCAGGAUGUCCACAUCAAAGCCGUUUCACGGGAACCCUACACAGUCAGAGUGGCUGACCAGAAGGCUAUGCGAGGCAGCGUAGCCGUCUUCAAGUGCAUUAUUCCUGCUUCUGUGGAGGCCUACGUCACUGUUGUAUCAUGGGAGAAAGACACCGUGUCACUCAGCUCAGGACAAAGAUAUCUCAUCACAUCCACGGGAGCCUUGUAUAUUUUGGACGUCCUGCCUGAGGAUGGCCUGAAUAACUAUCGCUGCACCACACGUCAUCGCUACACCGGAGAAACUCGCCAGAGCAACAGUGCGCGGCUCAUUGUGUCGGACCCCACCAAUGCUGAGCCAGUCAUCUUGGAUGGCUUUGACCACCGGGAGGUGAUGAUUAAUCAUCGGGUGGAGCUGCCCUGUAAGGCUUCGGGCUACCCAACGCCCAAAUACCGCUGGCUGAAGGACAACAGUCCCUUGGAGCUCGACAGUCGCAUUCACCAGACCAUCUCAGGGUUGCUGAUAGAGAGCGCCCAGCCCAGUGACUCGGGAACAUAUGUCUGUGAAGUGUGGAACAGCUAUGGCAACGCUGAGGUCAUGGGUCGUCUGUAUGUCAAACAGCCCUUGAAAGUAGUGGUCAGCCCUCGAAAGGUGAAGGGCAGCGUGGGUAGCAAGGUGUCUCUGUCCUGUAGCGUGAGCGGCUCAGAUGAGUAUGAGCUGGCAUGGUAUCGCAACGGAGAGAUCAUCUACCCCGGCAACAAUGUUCGCUUCACUGGGAUAAACCGGGAGAACCUCAUGAUGGAGGGAAUGUCGAAAAGUGAUGGCGGAGCUUACCAGUGCUUCGCCAGGAAGGCCAAGAUGUCUGCACAGGACUUUGUGCAGGUUAUCCUCGAAGAUGGUACUCCAAAAAUCUUGUCCUCCUUCAGCGAGAAGGUGGUGAACCCAAAUGAGCCCGUUUUCUUGGUCUGCAACGUCAAGGGCACUCCACCUCCCAGAUGCACCUGGUCGCUGGACGACGACCCCGUCAUCAAAGACAGCCACCACCACCUGGGCCACUACGAGACCCACGAGGGCCAUGUGGUCAGCCAGCUCAAUGUCACGCACACCCAGGUGCAGGACGGUGGGGUGUAUCGGUGCACGUGCAGCAACUCGGCCGGGGUCGUGUACCACCAGGCUCGAAUAAACGUAAGAGGCCGAGCCAGCAUUCGUCCAAUGAAAAACAUCACUGCAAUUGCUGGACGGGAUGCUUUCGUUCACUGUCGUGUCAUUGGCUACCCUUACUACUCCAUAAAGUGGUACAAGAACUCUGCACUACUACCAUUCAACCACAGACAGAGAGCAUUCGAGAACAACGGCACACUCAAGCUAAGCAACGUGCAGCAGGUGGACGCUGGCGAGUAUAAUUGCAAGGUGAUGGUUCAGCCCAACAAGAUGGACUCACAAAGCGUCCACGUUCGUGUGAGAGUCCCUCCCUACAUUCAGCCCUUCGAGUUUCAGCGUUUCACCAUUGGCCAGCGUGUCUUCAUACCCUGCGUGGUCAUGUCGGGUGACCGUCCGUUGGACAUCACAUGGCAGAAAGACGGGCGGCCGAUCCCUGCCAGCUUGGGUGUAACUGUGGACAACAUAGACUUCACCAGCUCGCUGCGGAUCUCCAACCUAACACCCGACCACAACGGCAACUACACCUGCAUUGCCCGCAAUGAAGCUGCUGUUGUGGAACACCAGAGCCAGCUAAUUGUUAGGGUUCCUCCUCAGUUUGUGGUUCAGCCCGAGGAUCAAGACGGGAUCUAUGGCAAAACUGUGACUCUUAACUGCUCCGCUGAAGGUUAUCCACCACCCACCAUUGUUUGGGAGCACUCCAAAGGCGCGGGCGUCCCCCAGUUUCAGCCCAUCCUUUUGAACAGUGGCUCUCGUAUCCAGCUGCUGAGCAACGGUUCGCUACUUAUCAAGCACGUGCUGGAGGACGACAGCGGCUUCUACCUGUGUAAAGUCAGUAACGACGUGGGAGCUGAUGUCAGCAAGUCCAUGUACCUCACCGUCAAAAGUAAGAGCCUGCGUCUGAUGCAGCUGAUGGCCAGUAAUCAAUUUGUGUUUCACUGUCUGGGCUGGCUCAGCAAUAGGCAGAAAUAA